AUGGCCGGAAAAGGUGGAGCAGCUCCGAGCACGUACUCUCCGUCUCCGACGACCCAGAAAACCAAAUCACGCAUCUUCGGAAACGACGACGUCGAUUGGGUUCGAUCCGAUGGCCGUGAAUUCCACCAAUGCAGACCUGCCUUUUUCAAGACUGGUGCUGUAAAUGCUGCUGCAGGAUCUGCUUAUGCAGAGUUUGGAAAUACCAAAGUCAUUGUUUCUGUAUUUGGGCCAAGAGAGAGUAAGAAGGCAAUGAUGUACAGUGAUAUAGGACGUUUAAAUUGCACUGUCAGCUAUACAACUUUUGCUACCCCAGUUCGCGGACAGGGUUCGGACCACAAAGAGUUUUCUUCAAUGCUUCAUAAAGCUUUGGAGGGUGCAAUAAUAUUGGAAACUUUCCCCAAGACUACUGUGGAUGUUUUUGCAUUGGUGUUGGAAUCUGGGGGCAGUGAUCUUCCUGUAGUGAUAUCAUGUGCUAGCCUUGCCCUAGCAGAUGCAGGGAUAAUGAUGUAUGACCUUGUUACGUCAGUUUCAGUGUCUUGUUUGGGAAAGAACCUUGUCCUUGAUCCUACUUUGGAGGAGGAAAGCCACCAAGAUGGAAGCUUAAUACUUACUUGUAUGCCUUCUCGCGACGAGGUCACUCAACUAACCAUUACUGGGGAAUGGUCUACCCCAAAAAUUAAUGAGGGAAUGAAGAUUUGUACGGAUGCCUGUUCAAAGUUUUCACAGAUCAUGAAGUCAUGCUUGAAAGGACUUGAUUCUGCUUUGGAAGAAGAGGAUAGUAAUGUUGAUUAG